AUGUGGGACUUGCUUAUGGGGUUAGGACUUGAUGAGAGACAGAUCAUGGACCUUGCAUCUAAGAAGGGAAUAACAAUAGAAGACUGGACGACAACACCCCAUCUUGGCCUUUCUGCAAGGAAGCAGUCACCAGAUUUGGCUUCCAGCAAAUAUGCUUCUUUUGGCCAUUGUCAUGGCAUGGGUCAGUCGUAUUCUAGAUCGUCUUGCAGCUUUCAGCAGUCUCAAGACUUUGGUUCGAUGUCAGUGCCAUGGGGGCAUUUGGAUUUGGCUCAUUCCUUUUCCAGGGAGGAGCACCAUAGCUCCUACUACUUAUUGUCUCAUGACCAUUCCCCUUCAGCCUGUAUGAGUAUGAGGACAAGUAGUGAACACUGGUUUGGUGGCAGGUCAAGUUCACGGUUUGGCACUCUUGAUAAGCAUCCUCAAGAUUUGCGAAAAUCAUAUCCAGUGAGGGGGAACUCAAGCUUCACCAGAUAG